GCGCCCCUCCCCACGUCUUGAUUCUCUCUCCUCGUGGGAGCGUCUUGCCAGUAGAGACCCAGGAAGCACGUGCUUUCCUAAACUAUUUAGGGGAGCUAGGUUUAGGGCUGGCAAAGUUUCCACUUCGCCUGCUGUCUUCUGUGGUUCCCAACCAAAGCGCGCCAGCUCGGCAGCUUUGCGUAGAAAUGCGCGGCGGUGGCCCUGCCUGCAAGCGCAACUUCAGAGCUUUACCGGGAGCUGACGUCGGCUGGUGCUUCGUGAAAAUGGCAUCCUCGUGGGGGCGCUUGGUGUAAGCUGAGGCGUCAGUGAGGUUAAUUAUCUAGCAUCCAGCAAGAGAAGAGGAGAAUAACCAGAUGCCAGUCAAGUGUCCUAUGGCUCGGUUUCACCGACCCACUGAAGUGGCGAGGUCUCUGAAAACUCAACCUGAAACGGUUUAAGCCUCUUACACUUGAGAUUCAUCAGCCUCAUCUCCCUCCACCCAGGCCUGACUGGCGUGGCAGUUUCUCAGAGACGCAGGUGGUGACGCGGGUCCCUCAGGAACAGACUGGUGUGUGAGCUUCCGGAGAGUGCUUUUCAAGGUUUCAUUUCUGAUUCCUGAAUGUGGGAUACUGUCAAAAGAACUGAAAAACCUAGUCAUGGAGACUGGACCUUAUUACUUUGUGAAGAACUUACCUCUUCAUGAGUUAAUUACACACGACUUCAUCCACUCCUUUGUGAAGAAAGGUUCGUUCUAUGCACUAACAUACAAUACAAAUAUCGAUGAAGAUAAUACUGUUGCCCUCCUGCCAAACGGGAAAUUAAUUUUAUCACUGGAUAAAGAUACUUAUGAAGAAACUGGUCUUCAAGGUCGUCCAUCUAAGUAUUCUGGCAGAAAAGUAAUGAAAUUUAUUGUUUCCAUUGAUUUGAUGGAUUUAUCCUUUAACCUGAAUUCUAAGAAGUAUGAAAGAAUAUCUUGGUCCUUCAAAGAAAAGAAGCCAUUGAAAUUUGAUUUUCUUUUGGCUUGGCAUCAUACAGGUGCAGAAGAAUCCACGGUGAUGUCACACUUUUCCAAUUACCGAAUUCAGGAGCAUCAGCCAGAAAUAGCCCUGAGCACAGUGACAGAGCUGCAGUGCCCCGUCCUGCGGAGCAGCGCACUCCAGGGGGAGCCAGAGGCGGCCUGCAGCGCUCCCGAGCUUCUGGACUGGCUGGGUGCCGUCUUCAGUCACACAGAACUAAAUAACGAGCCUCAUAACUUCAUAUCCACCUAUUGCUGUCCUCAGCCAAGCACAGUGGUGGCCAAAGCUUAUUUGUGUACAAUCACGGGUUUCAUACUUCCAGAGAAGAUCUGUCUCCUUUUGGAACAGUUGCGUCACUACUUUGAUGAGCCCAAGUUAGCUCCUUGGGUUACAUUGUCAGUACAAGGCUUUGCAGACAGUCCUGUUUCGUGGAGAGAAAAUGAACAUGGUUUUCGAAAAGGAGGAGAACAUUUAUACAACUUUGUGAUUUUUAACAAUCAGGACUAUUGGCUUCAGAUGGCUGUUGGGGCGAAUGAUGACUGUCCACCGUGAAAAUACAAAACUUAAAAUCA